AUGGCGUCUACUCUCUUCACUCAAAAGAUCCCUUCUGCUUCUACCAUCUUCUCGUUCUACACAUCUCUCUCUGCUUUCACCAUCCUCUUCCGAACCAUCCUCAACGAGCUCAUCCCCACCAAAGUCCGUGACUUCAUCGUCUCAAGAUUCAAAGACCACUUCUCCUCUUACUUCAACCCCAACUUCACAUUCAUCAUCGAGGAACAGUGCGAUUACGUCACCAACCAGACGUUCCGUGCAGCAGAGACUUACUUGCCGACCCUUCUCGCCGGAAUCACCACCGGAAGUCUUCUCGUCCGUUCUAGUAACCUCAAGAACCCGUUGGCGAAACCCAAGUUCGGAAUACCAGUUAAAGCCAAGAUCUUGGAUGUGUUUGAAGGGAUCCCUCUUGAGUGGACUCUUCUGUCUGAAAAAAGCGAAGGCCUUUACCAGAGCCGGCAAAAACGGUACUUUCACUUGACAUGCAAGAAAGAGUUUAGGGACAAGAUCAUGUCAGAGUACUUCACAUACAUUGCAAAAUCAUCGGCGAAGAUACUGACAAGCCAAGACAAUCUCAAGAUCCAUACUUACAACCCAAGCGAUUAUUCAUGGGAAUCAGCAAUCUUCCAACACAACACAACUUUUGAAACCCUAGCAAUGGAACCUGAGGUCAAGAACUCACUGAUGCGUGACCUAGACGCUUUCUCCAAUGGAAAAGACUUUUUCAAAACCGUGGGACGAGCUUGGAAACGCGGUUACCUUCUCCACGGUCCUCCUGGGACAGGGAAGUCAUCUCUUGUUGCUGCUAUUGCUAACUACAUGAACUAUAGUAUCUAUGAUCUUCAGCUUCAGAGCGUUAAAGAUGAUGCAAUGCUUAGACAGAUUCUUACUAAGACCGAGAACGGAUCGAUUCUUCUCAUUGAAGAUCUUGAUUGCAGUGGAGCGGAUGCUUCUUGUAGAAAAAAGAGUGAAGAUGAAGGAGAAGAUGGUGAGAAUCAGUGCAAGAAGAAGAAGAAGAAGGAUCAUCAGGUAACAUUGUCUGGUCUACUAAACUUUGUAGACGGGUUAUGGUCAAGCUGUGUAGAGGAACGGAUCAUAGUCUUCACUACGAACCAUAAGGAGAAACUGGAUCCUGCAUUGCUGAGGCCAGGGAGAAUGGAUGUUCAUAUACUCAUGGAUUACUGUACGCCUAAUGUCUUCAAGAAGCUCGCUAAAAUGUAUCUUGAUGGUAUUGAAGAGCAUGAUGAUCUGUUUGAGCCUAUUGAGAAGAUGUUCCGUGAGGUGAAAGCAACUCCAGCUGAGGUCAUAGAGCGGCUUAUGGUGAGCAAGGAUCCUGAUGUUGCGCUUAAGGGUCUCAUGGAGUUUCUUGAAAGCAAGAAGAUGGUUAAAGAGAGUGAAGAAUCUGAACCAAAAGAAGCAGAUGAAUGA